ACAAUUCCUGAAAUGGGCAGGCCUAUUCGCGAUAACGGAACUUCACAACAAACUUUAGUGUCUCGCGCUCGUGCUCCCUGUACAAGCCUGCCAGGAUGGACGUCUGUCAUCUCAGCGUGUUUCGUGACGAGGCACUUCAGGCCUGUGUUCAAAUGUAAUGGCCCCUUUCAGGAAGAGGUGGCUCUUGUCCAUCUUGCUGCUUUACCUACUCACUGACUGUUUUGCUGCUGCAGGUCCUCCAGCUCGUCCCUUGCGCCCUGAGUGCUGUAUGCCAUGUAAUGAAAAAAUCUGUAGUGUAAAUAUCCACUGUACCUGGGAUCAAGGGCCGGACCCUCACAUUCCUACCGAAUACAUCCUCCACUGGAAACCAACAGACAGCGCGGAGGAGGAGCAGCCGACCAGUUCUAACAGUUCAAGCAGGGUUAUCGAUCGUGAACACUUUUUCUACCAUGAAGAACUUCAUGUUUGGGUUGAGGCUAAAAACCAGCAUGGUUCUGUGUACUCAGAAGAGAGUGUCUUCAAUAUAUCAGAUAUCAUCAAGCCACCCCCUCCUACUAUCACACUGAGACUGGAGCCAUUAGAGAUAGAGUGGCGUUCCUUCUGUAGUGACCUGCAUUUGUCCAUGGGAACCUGUGAGGUCCGAAAUCGCAUUGAGACUGACGAUGUCUGGCUUAAGCACGAGGGUGGAUUCUUGCACACCAACAUAAUUGACAGCCCUCUUCCUGGCACGGUUUACGAAUUUCAAGUUCGCUGUGCCUGUAGCAUCGGCUUAAUGAGUAACUGGAGCACUAUCCACAGAAUAAGGAGUGCAGAAAAGGCUCCUCUUGGAGAGCUCAACGUAUGGACAUACUGUGGGUCAUCACCAGCAAGUUUUGACUGUGCACUGAGCUGGAAGAAACUUCCUUUAUCUCACGCACGGGGUGUCAUUGUUGGAUAUGAAGUUAGACUCUAUUACAACAAUGGUACAGCCACGUUGGUGAAUGUUUCCACAGCUGAGCCAAGAGGCCAGCUGUUCUGCAGUGACGUGCAGUGUCACCUCCCGGCCUCUCUAAAGGAUGUCUCAUCAGUGUCUGUAUCAGCCUUCAAUGCUCGUGGUGCCACAGUGCCUUCUCAUCUAAUUAUGCCAACACCAGCUAAAAAUGAAAAUGAACACGCGCUCAACCUCAAGAUGAAUGAAGAGAACCUCACUGUGUCCUGGGAUCAGCCGCGCUCUCACACCCUGAAUGAAUAUGUGGUGCAGUACAAACAAGUAGGAUGUCCUCCAGGCCAAGGAUUUGAUUGGGUCAAAGUGGACAGCAGCCAAGAAACAGUGUUUUUCAAAGGUCAUUUUAAAAAGUACACACCCUACCAAGUGUCUCUGUUCUCAUUGUCACAUGACAAGAAUGUCCGUCACCUUUCAUCAGUUAUUGGAUAUUCUCUUGAAGGAACUCCCUCCAGUGUGCCAUUGUUUAAGGUGUCUUCUAUUGCUGCCACUCAGGUGACCCUGUUUUGGGAGUGUGUUCCUCUGUCCAUGCAGAAUGGGCAGAUCCGAUAUUACCAACUUGGAACAGACGAACAAAACGUGUACAAUGUGAGUGCAUCCUCUCAGUGUGAGAAUAGAACAUUUGAGCUGAAGCAUCUACGUCCAGGCCAGGAGUACAAAGUGUGGAUUAGAGCUGUGACUGGGGCCGGGUCUGGAGCAAACACCAUUGCAAGGUUUAGCACAAGGAAACAGCAUGACCAUUAUGUGUAUUUGAUACCAGCUCUGCUUGCAUCAUUGGUUCUGGUUAUAAUAUGCAUUCUUAUUUUACUCUGUUGUUUUCGAGCAAAAAACAAAGUGUGUCAACAUGUGGCCUUAUGUCUCUGUGAGAAAGUGCCAGAUCCCAGCAACAGCCAAAUCUUCAGACAUAUGAAGCACCAGAUUAAUGACCCCUUGGCUUGGAUCUGCCUACCCAUGUAUGAACAACAUCCUACGAUCUCUGUUUUGGAGGUUGUUAAAAUCCAGUCCAACCUGAAGAAAACCUCAGAUGUUGAUGAGAUAACUUGGACAGCUGCAAGAGAUGGGUGCUCAUACAAGGACUGCCAAGAUGAACAGAAGGAGCGUGACAGGACAGACCACGGAUGUGAAAGAGAGGAGUACAGCAAGAUGGUUGACUCUGAUGAGGAGGGGGAUAGGGAGGAUGACCAGGAUGAUUGUUCGAGCUCAUCAAAUAAAGAACAGUUUACAUCAGGUUAUGAAAUGCACUUCAUGCCCACUGCUUUGGAAUUACAGAACGUUUGAUGUUUUUAAGUGGACAUUCAUCUUGUGUUUUUUUUAUUAUGUGCAGAAAUGUGUUAAAUGUGGAAAUGGUUAUGUAACCUUUAUCUGCAGGACAGUUUGGGGUGGACUUGGUCAUUGUAUGGAAAGAUUUGCUUAUUGGAAAUUAGCAAGUUAAUGGCAACUCAGUCAUUAUUUUUUUUGCAUUUUUAUGUUGAACCUGUUGUGAGGUUACAAACAUAGAAUGGUAAAUUAAAGGCAUGUCUGGAUUAAAUGAAAUUGUAUAAAUGCAAAGAUUUGAAAGGCAAAAUAUUUUAAUUAUUCAUUUAUUUAUUUUUUAACACAAUGUCACAUUAUUUUUUGGUAUAAAUGCAGAUUUGUGUUCUUCUU